AUGCUUCUUCCUAAAGGUGGUUUGAGUUGGAAAGCCGCCAGAGCACAAUUGCCGCCCACCCGCGUUGUCUGGAACCUAGUUACACGGACGCGCUUCUUGCUUCUCGUUGCAGUCACUGGCAUCAUUUUGUUGCUAUGGCGAGGUAUUAGCAGCUCAGCGUCGGAAAUGCAGAGCUUUUACUGCUGGGGACCGUCAACACCUCCGAUAGAGAUGUCGCAGAAUGAGUAUUCCCGGUGGAAUGCGCACAUGCAAACACCCGUCAUCUUCAACCACCACGCUCCUCUCAAGGUCCAGUCGCCGACGAUACAAAACGUCGACUUGAACCCAAUCAAGUCUACCCGAAAGGCCGUUGCAAACGAGGAGAGAAUCCUCAUCCUUACCCCGCUCAAGGACGCCGCGUCUCAUCUUUCCAAAUACUUCGAACUCCUUGCCGAACUUUCCUAUCCUCAUCGACUGAUUGAUCUAGCCUUCCUCGUCUCCGACUCCAAGGAUGAUACCCUGGCGGUCCUUGCGGCCGAGCUCGAACGUAUUCAGAAGCGACCGGAUAAUAUCCCAUUCCGAAGUGCUACUGUUGUUCAGAAGGAUUUCGGUUACCACCUUAGCCAGGAUGUUCAGCAGAGGCACUCGUUCGAAGCUCAGGGUCCUCGCCGAAAGGCCAUGGGCAGAGCCAGAAACUACUUGCUUGCUAGUGCUCUGAAGCCGGAGCACUCUUGGGUCUACUGGCGGGAUGUUGACAUUGUCGAUAGCCCCGCUAAGAUUCUUGAGGAUUUUAUUGCUCAUGAUAAAGAUAUCUUGGUUCCUAACAUUUGGUUCCACAGAUACGAGAAGGGUGUCGAUAUCGAAGGUCGAUUCGAUUACAACUCGUGGGUUGAGUCGGACAAGGGCCGCAAAUUGGCGGCUAGUUUGGACAAAGAUACCGUUCUCGCCGAGGGAUACAAACAAUACGAUACUGGUCGUACUUACAUGGCAAAAAUGGGAGACUGGCGAGAGAACAAGGAUGAAGAGAUUGAGCUUGACGGUAUUGGUGGUGUGAACAUUCUUGUCAAGGCCGAUGUUCACCGAUCCGGCAUCAACUUUCCUUCCUACGCUUUUGAGAACCAAGCCGAAACGGAAGGUUUUGCCAAGAUGGCGAAGCGAGCCGGCUACCAGGUUGUUGGUCUCCCCAACUAUGUCGUCUGGCACAUUGAUACCGAUGAGAAGGGCGGCAACUUAUAA